CCCGGUGAACCGUCGUGAGGUCCACCGUGUCGACGUCAUCGGUGUACGAAGAGUCCGAGUAUUUCGACAGAAACCUAGAAGUGCUAAAGGAGAUCGCGUAUAUAUCGAACGACGCCAACGUUCAAUAUUCUCGAACGCGCGGAAGAAUACGUUGAUGGCAGCGACGGCCGACGGACUCUCUAUCUGUUGACGUUGAAAAUCAACAUUUGAUUCUCCUCGAGCUACGCUUCUAAAGAUCUAGUUCGUCGAUGAUUAAUAAUGACAUUAUUCGCAAAGAAUGACAUUUGUAAUAUAAUGGUGGAAUAGACAAAGCAUUAAAGUGUAUCGUACGUACAUGCCACAUCAUGAAGAAUAAUCUGAAUUUAGAACAAGUAAAUACAAUGUUAUAAAAUACCUUUUAGAAUAUUAGCGGGAAGUACAUACAUGACAGAUUAGAAUUGAUCAUUGACAUUUAUACAACAUAGUAGAAACAUACAUGAUAGUAGAAACUGUCAAUGUAAAAUUGAUCCACGCGACAUUAUUUUUAAUAAAAACAAGUAUUGCACAGCGCAGAUUUUAUCCUGCAUAUUUUAUUUAAGUAGUGUGGUUCAAAUGUUUUUAUACAGCCUCAUCAAGCGCUGCCUGAGAAAAGACCAUAAAGUAUCGUGAAAAGAAAGUUGCCAUAUAAGAAUAUCGGCCAAAGAUCGGUCGGGAUGCGAAAGAUAUAAAAGUUAAGAGACAAGAAGAGUUGGGUCAUCAUGUUGAUAUCUUAAAAACACUCUUCUGACUUUAAUGGGGGAAUCCGCUCGUGUCGGCUGGGUCAUUCCGCGGCGAUGCGGCGGAUUCCAAGAAUAACGGAGCACGGGACUUGCUGAGGCGACGGACUGUAUCUAGAAAGCAUCUUCGACUUCACUGACUAGAUUCGUCCAGGAAUCGCGAUGUAACUGAUCGUCGCCUGAAAGUGCCGCGUGACUCGAUCGCGUCAAUCCACCAGAUCGAUCGUUCUUUGACAGAUAUUCUCGAAUAACUAAUGCAGCGAUUGUCAGCUGACACUUUGAAUUACAACGCUAUUUGUUCGGAGUUCCGUUAGAAAUUGCCGUGGAAUAGACUUUGCAACAUGGAACUUAGACAGCAAUUGGACGGUCUUUUCAAUUGCAUCUUCGAAUGACUUCAACGUGUAGAUGCAAUAAAAUCGCGGAUAUUCCGCGGUUGUAUUCCGAGAUUUGCGAGACGUAAAAUCUCGAGAAACUGGUGUACGUUAGAAUCAGUAUGAGCAACGGCGAAGGCGUAGUGACGGGCCCGGAUUCUGGCAACGAUCGCCUGUGCGAGGACGUCGACAUGGCUACUCCGACGUCAGCGUCUUCGAAUUUGAAGCCGCGAAGUGGCAAGAUCAGUUUCAGUGUCGACUCCCUGCUGAGCGGCACGAAAAAGAGUGCCAUCGGUGGCGGAGCCUUCGCGGCCAGGCGAGACAACGAUGACAGGAUGGACGCGGAAAAGAAUCUCGAGAUGGAGACUAGAUAUCGAGAGCUGCUAAUGGAACAGCAGAGGCUUCAGAGCAGAGAAUUGCUCGCCAGGCUAAGUCCUCACGGGCUCGCCAGCUUCGGCAAUCAUCACCAUCAUCAUCCGAGCAGACUCGAUCAGGAUCACCCGUCCGCUCGCCAUGAGAUGCUCACGGUGAAGGAUUUUUCCAGGACGAGCCACGAUAAGUCGUCCUCACCCAUCAGGAUAGAUCAAGAGAUUCCAAAAAACCGAGACGAUCAUCGACUGACGACCAACUCGCCGAGCGUAAUUGGCGAGACGAUACUUCAGCGAGAACAGGAGCGCAUUCAGGAAGAUGACGAGAGGAUCGACAGGAUCACGAAUCCGAGAUCCGUAUCACCCGCAAGUAGACGGGAGAUCCUAGAUGAUCAUAGCGACUCCGAGGCGAAUCGCUCGUUGGAAGGAGACCGAACGACGGAUCAUCUGGAUCUCGAGGAUCAUGAAAUAAGAAGCGUCGGGCAGUCUGAGGACCUGAACGUGAUGGACUCGGAUUGCGAGCUGGAGAGGGAUCUGGAGGCCAGCCAAGAGAAGGAGGAGAAGUCCAGUCCGGUAGUGCCUCAGCCGAUUCAUCCCGGAGUGCAAAGGCCUUCGCAGGGGCCACCAUAUCUCGCCGGAGCACCCGGCGCUCCCGGCUGGAACCCCGCGGGAUUUCCACAUUCUCUGGCGGGGUUCGCGUGGCUACCCCCACCCCCACAUCCGCACAAUCCUCAUGGACAUCUUUACACGCCGCACGGCGGGCCCACCAGCCCAAACGGGGACUUAAGAUUGCCGGGACCUGGACCAGGCCCGGUCAGAUGCACUCUUAGAAAGCACAAGCCAAACCGAAAGCCAAGAACGCCGUUCACGACGCAGCAGCUGUUAUCGCUCGAGAAAAAGUUUCGCGAGAAACAGUACCUGACGAUAGCCGAAAGAGCAGAGUUCUCGUCGUCCCUCCAUCUUACGGAAACACAGGUGAAGAUCUGGUUUCAAAAUCGAAGAGCCAAGGCGAAGAGGCUUCAGGAGGCGGAAAUAGAGAAACUAAGACUAUCCGCGAGACCACUUCUGCAUCCCAGUUUUGGAUCGGGACUUAUGUUCUCUGGGGUGGGUCCGCCUGGUACCCCAGGAGUGCCUCCCUUUAUUGCAGCUGCCAUGGCUAGGCAUACUCAUGCCGCGGCGGCGGCGGCCAUGUUCAUGGGACCGCCUGGGCACCGACCUUAAUAAUAAUACGUCAGAAUAUUAUACACGUACGAUUCAAAAUCAUUUUUGAUGUGGUCGCCUAAAGAUUUGGCAACCUAUUCAUAAAACAAGAAUCCGAUGGUUUAAAAUCUACGAGUUCAGAGAACACAAGAAGCUCCAAAGAUUAAAGAUUUACAAGAGACAAAAACGUUUAUUAAUUCAAGAACGCGAAAAAAUCUGCAAAACUACAACUUUGCGAAUUAAGAAAUGGGGCAAGCGAGGACGCAGGUAAAGUUAGCAAAUCGAGGAAUUUAAGAAUUAAAAUCUAAAAUAUAAAGAAGUUAAAAUACGGAAAUUAUUAAUACGGAAUUUAAAGAUCGAAAAAAAAACAUAGUCUAAUAAUUUUAAAAUUAAAAAUUACAAGAACUCCAAAAAUUCCAAUCACUUAGCGAUGAAACUCGAAAUUGCAAUAACAUCAAUUUAAACGUCUUAUAUUUCCAGAGAUACAUAAAUAAGUUAAUUUCAAAAAAAUUAAAUCAAAAGCUACCAUUUGAAGAUUUUUCCUUAAAAAAGGACGGUGGGUAAAACGGGUCGAUUUUGGCCUAAAAAGCGUAACGUAAGUUAUAUAUGUAAUUUUACAUUUUUGGGGUCGCUGAAUACGAUGGUAGCAAUUUUACUUGUCUAAACCCGCAAAGAAAGUGGUCAAAAUUCGUCUUAAAGAGGUCGAAAUAAGUCACUUUUAAUAAUAAUUCGGUUAGUAACGAUUUUGUUCCAAUUAUUUAAUUAUGUAAGCUUAUAUAUAUAAUUUACGUUACACUUUUUAGACCAAAAUCGACCCAUUUUACCCAUCUAACUUAAAAAGAUCAUAUUUUUUUUCUGAACGACGAAAUAUAUCGGCGCCUCGAAAGGCGCUCCAAGCUUUGAUCUCACAAAAAAAAAAUAUGAGUGUAUAUAGUGUAAAUAGAUACGCGUUCGUACGGUAAUUAUGGGUGUACGUAUGUAUAUACACACGUGUACAGGACGCUUCGAUUACUCCCAGAAGGAAGAAUCGUGAGACGCAAGCGUUCGAGAAUUAGUUUAACGAUUUGGACCGCGCUGGAUCUAGUAAACAUUCGUUUCAGGAUUUGUUUUAAAUGUGGACCGGCUGAAAGUGCAGUGACGUGAACAUACGAGGUAUGUUUAAAUAAUGACGAGUCUGAGAGCAUUAAAAAAAGAAGCUAUCUAUUAGCUAAAAAAAUUACCUAAAGCCAAAAGUAAUCUCCCUAAAAGUAAUCUCAUAUAAAAAAAAAAAAUCUUUCUGAACAUCUAAAACUUUUGUUUAAAACCUCAAGUUGCAAUGUUUUAAACAUAUUUUCAAAAGUGAUAUUAGGGAUAUCAGCGCGAUAUUCUUUUCAUAGUUAUUAUUAUAAAGGACCAAGCAUUGGUUUUUCAUCAGCAAGUACAGUUUAAGUACAGUUUAUUAAUUCUAAUGUCUUUCAGACUUGUUGAAUUUUUUCUAUGCGAGAAAAUAAUGCAAGCAUUAAAUUACGUAUCAGCUUAUAUCAAUUGUGUGAAUCGAAAAAAAGAUGGAAUCGUUCGUAGACAGUAAAUACUGAAGUUACGAAUGGUGGCACGGUUCUAGACGUACCUAUAUGCGCCUUGUAUAAAUGUAAGAUGAUAAUUUAUCCAUGGAGGUAUAUAUUAUAGCGAAAUAAAAAUGAUUUCAGUA